AGAAAGCCAUCGACCUGGUCACCAAAGCCACCGAGGAGGACAAGGCCAAGAACUAUGAGGAGGCGCUGCGGCUGUACCAGCACGCCGUGGAGUACUUCCUCCAUGCCAUCAAAUAUGAAGCUCACAGCGACAAGGCGAAGGAGAGCAUCCGAGCCAAGUGCAUGCAGUACCUGGACCGGGCAGAGAAGCUGAAGGAAUACCUGCGCAGCAAGGACAAGCAGGGCAAGAAACCAGUCAAAGAGUCCCAGAAUGACAACAAGGGGAGCGACAGCGACAGCGAGGGUGAGAACCCCGAGAAGAAGAAACUGCAGGAGCAGCUGAUGGGUGAGGUGCUGCGGUGGGCACUGGGCAUGGUUGCGUGGUCAGUGGAGGGGUGGCUGCAGGGUGGGGGGACAUAUUGCUGGGGUCCGGUAGCCCCCAAACCAUGCUCCGUGCUGAGGAGCAGUGGGGUUGGUGGGGGUUUGGUGGGGCAGAGGUGUGUGGAGGGCUGGGGGCUCUGGCUCUCCAGCUCUCCACAGACGGCAGGACCACGGUGCCCAUGUGAGCGGAGCCAUCCCCUUGCAGGUGCCAUCAUGAUGGAAAAGCCCAACGUGAGGUGGAGUGACGUGGCCGGCCUGGAGGGAGCCAAGGAAGCCCUGAAGGAAGCUGUGAUCCUGCCCAUCAAGUUCCCACACUUGUUCACUGGGAAGCGCACACCCUGGCGAGGGAUCCUGCUCUUCGGGCCGCCUGGCACCGGCAAGUCCUACUUGGCCAAGGCCGUGGCCACCGAGGCCAACAACUCCACCUUCUUCUCCGUGUCGUCCUCAGACCUGAUGUCAAAGUGGCUGGGAGAGAGCGAGAAGCUGGUGAAGAACCUCUUUGAGCUGGCGAGGCAGCACAAGCCCUCCAUCAUCUUCAUCGACGAGGUGGACUCGCUGUGCGGCUCCCGCAAUGAGAACGAGAGCGAGGCGGCCCGGCGCAUCAAGACAGAGUUCCUGGUGCAGAUGCAAGGUGUGGGGAACAGCAGCGACGGGAUCCUGGUGCUGGGUGCCACCAACAUCCCCUGGGUGCUGGAUUCAGCCAUCAGGAGAAGGUUCGAGAAGCGCAUCUACAUCCCGCUGCCCGAGGAGGCAGCCCGGGCCCAGAUGUUCAAGCUCCACCUGGGCAACACCCCGCACAGCCUGACGGAUGCCAACAUCCAGGAGCUGGCCCGGAAAACAGAUGGCUACUCGGGGGCCGACAUCAGCAUCAUCGUGCGGGACGCCCUGAUGCAGCCCGUCCGCAAGGUGCAGUCGGCCACGCACUUCAAGAAGGCCCGCGGUCCCUCCCGCACCAACCCUGGCACCUUCGUGGAGGAUCUCCUGACGCCAUGCUCACCCGGUGACCCGGGUGCCACCGAGAUGACCUGGAUGGAGGUGCCCAGCGACAAGCUGUUGGAGCCCAUCGUCUGCAUGUCGGACAUGCUGCGCUCGCUGGCCACCACCCGCCCCACGGUGAACGCUGACGAUCUCCUGAAGGUGAAGAAAUUCACGGAGGACUUUGGACAGGAAGGUUAAGGGGAGGGAGGGGUGGAGGUGGGGGGCGUGGGGCUGGGGCAGCCGUGCCAGCAGUGCCCUGCCGAGCCCCCACACCACGCCGGCCGUGCCAAACAGGUUCAUCUUCCGCUCACUACCCACCCCAUCGCACUGCAGCACCCAGCAGGGCGCGGGGAGCACGGCCCGGGGGGGGGCUGACACUACCUGGUGUGUUGGGGGGGGGCUCGAGUGUGGUCUGGGCAGCCGGGUGCUCCCCCUGGCCGUGCCCCACUCUUCUUCCUGCUCUUUUUUAUUUUUUAAAUUAAUGCUGCUUUGGGUUCUGUCUUGUUUAUAUGAAAAUAAAAAACAAUCUAAAAGCUUCA